GGACAGACAGCAGACGGGAGCGGGAAGUGCAGACGCGAAGAGGGGGAGGACAGAAGAAGACCAUUAUACCCCAAUAUGGACAGUUUCCCAGCUCGGAUAAGCUACCAGUCCAGGCAGAACACUGACAAUCUCCAAGAGAAGAACUGGAGCUUGGAGAAAGAGAAGGUGUAUGGACAGGAUUUGGUCCAGAAUGGUGGGAAGACCACUAGGGAACAGACCAGCAAUGGCUUCGUCAAACAGUUGUCCAUUAAGGAAAUGAUGUCAUCCAUGAGCCAACAAAGUGUGGAGAUGGAGGGAGAUGAAGUAAUGACCAAACUGCGCAGGCUGACAGCAGAGAGGGACAGCCUGCGGGAGCAUCUGAAGACUUCACAGGCCUUCCAGGAGCGCACCUUGAGUGAACGGAUGUACCUCAUAAAGCGGGUGGAGGACCUGCAGGGCACCAUUCUCAGACUGGACCAGGAGCACAGUGACUACACGAGCAAGCAGUCCGCAAUGGAGGAGCACAUGCUGAGUCUGGAGGGGCAGGUGCACACCUUGGAUCGCAAGCUGAAUGCCACUGAGGAGGACCUGAAAAAGGCCAAGGCAGAGUGUAGCUCACUGAGGCAGCUGAAGACUAAGGCAGAGAAUUCCUUCAGUGACAGGCAGCGAAAUCUGAUGGCCAUUAUCAGGGAGCUGCAGAACGUUGAGGAAAGAAAAAAGCAGCUAGAAGAGAGGAAUGAGUCACUGUCCAAACAGGUCAGUUGUCUCACUGAGGAUGCACGUAGCUUACAUUCUGCAGUCUUCCAGCUCAACCAGGACAAAGACUUUCAGCGGAAACAGUUGGAUGAUAAGGAGAAAACUAUUGUAAAUCUGAAGCUCAAGGUGGAGCAACAAGCGACGGCAACAGAGAGUCUGCAGCAGGUCUUGAGAGGCAGAGACCAGGAGCUGGAAGCCAUGAGGAGGAAUCUGACUGAGGCAGUGGAAAACCUGAACACUGCUAUGAGAGAGAAGGAAGGCAUUCUUCAGACAAAUUCCCAACUCAGAGAUAACCUGGACAAAGCCUAUUUGGAUCAAAAGGCCCUGCAGCGCAUUGUAGAGGGGUCCAGCCAGGAAAUGGAGGCCUUGCAGAAAAGGCUGCAGGAAUACAUCAGUGAGAGCUCCAACAAAAACAAAAUCAUGGUGUCCAAGGACAAAGUAAUUGAACGUCUGCAGCUAAUGGUUGAGGAUCUGGGCGAAACGACAGAGAGCCUACAGCAGGGCAUGGACAGAGGAGAGGAAGAGAUGGAAGCUGUGCAGAGGAAAUUAAUGGACACAGAGGAAACCCUGGAUAAAGUACUGAAAGAGAAGAAGUCCAUGCUGGAAGUAAACGGUCAACUCAGAGAUAACCUUAACAAGGCCCAGCUGGAUAUCCAGGCCCUGCAGAGUAUGAUAGAGGAGUCAAACCAGGAACUAGAAGAGCUGCGAGGGAAACUGCGGGAUUAUAUUAUGAACAUGUCCUGCCUUGAGGAGCAGCUGUCCUACAAAGACAAAGUUAUUGAUAGCAUGCAGAUGACGGUUGAGGAGCAGGACGAAAUAACAAAGAGUAUGCAGCAGGCCAUUAACAGAGGGCAGCAGGAUCUGGCAGCUGUGGAAAGAAACCUGAGUGACUUAGAAGAAAAACUAGACAUUGUUAUUAAUGAGAAGGAGGCCAUGCUGCUAGAAAACAUUGAAGUCAGAGGGAACCUGGACAAGGCCAGUUCAGAUGCCCAGGCUCUGCAGCUUAAGAUAGAGGAAUGUAACCAGGAAGUGCAGGACUUGCAGGGGAAACUGCAGGAGUGUGAAAUUGACAUGUCCUGUCUGGAGGAGCAGCUGUGCUACAAAGACAAAUUCAUUGGACGUCUGGAACUCACAGUCAAGGACAUACAGACUUCAGCAGACAAUCAGCAGCAGGCUGUGAACAGAGGUGACCGGGAGCUGGAAUAUGUUCGAAGAAAAUUCUCCAAAAUGGAGGAGAAUCUGGCUGCAGUCAUCAGUGAGAAAGAGGCCAUGUUGGAAGAGACCAGUGACCUCAAAGAUGACCUUGAAAAGGCCAAGAUGGAGAAUCAGGCCUUGCAGAUCAAGCUGGAUGGGUCCAACCAUGAACGGGAGAUGUUCCAAAGGAAGCUCCGGGACCUUUUCACAGAAUGCUCCAACACCAAGAAGCUGCUGUCCUCUAAAGAGAAAGUUAUUGGACGUUUGGAAAUCACAGUUGAGGAACUGGAGACAUCAACAAAGAUUCUGCAGCAGGCCAUGAGAGUGAGGGAUCAGGAACUGGAGGCUGUGCAGAGGAAAUUGGCUGGCACAGCGGAAAAUAUGGCUAUUGUGAUGAAGCAGAAGGAGGAAAUGCCACCUGUGAAUAGCUUCUUUACAGGCAAGAAAGGCCAACUUGACAACCAGGAUAAAGCCCCUGGACAAUUGCAGUUUGGCGCUGAGGCACUUGAGAUACCCGUAAAUUGCAUCGAGGCGACCCCUCUCGUCCACUGCCGUAAACUCCAACUGAGUGGCUACCAGCCGGGGACUUGUGAGUAUCCCCACUCCUGCUCAGCGCCUCUCACCCUGAACAACUCCCGAGUAGGAGAGAGACCACCCCCUAUCCAGAAGUUUGGUUCCAGAGCCAACACUGUGUGUAGAGGUUUCUGUUACCUAUUGGCUGCCCAGGUUCCUGUUACCCAUUGGCUGACCAAUCUGAAGCAAGCAGCCAAUCAGAAGCCAUCUUCCUCUUUAAAAACCCAUGUCACUUCCUGGUUCAUUCUCUUACACUUUAUUUUGCUGUUUGCCUGCUGUGAUUGUCUUGUAUAGCAUUAUUGUACUCUAGUUUUCUCAGGCUGCCAACUUUGUGUGUGUUUGUGUUGUAUGUGGAACUGGGCUAUACAUUUUGCUACACGUAGGUAUUGGAUUGUCUAGACACCCUAGGUUAGGAGUGGAUGCCACCUCCUGUAUGUUUAGCUUUGGGUAGUUAGAGUAGUUAGUCAAAAGCAGGGCUUUUGUUUGAACUUUACUUUUAUUAGAUAGUUAGGUGGUUUACUCCUAUUGAGUUAGCUUGGUUUGAGUUUACUUUGUUUUUUCUUUUGGCAUCACUCAUCCAGUUCCUUUGAAUGUGAGUGUGAAUGCAACCAGCAGUGCAUCUGUCACGGGUCGAGGUGAGGUGGACCCAAAUGCAGACUCGGACAACUGAGUGUCGAAACUCCCGAAGGAGAUGUUUAAUUCGAAGGUACACAAUACAGCAGGCAGUCUCGUAGUCAGUUUGUGCAAAGAUCAAAAACUAGAAAAAUCCACCGGGGCAAAAGUACAGAAUUGGAAGGCAAAAAUCAAAGUCGGUAAACAGGCGGAGGUCAGAACAGGAAAUCAGCAAAACAAAGUCGGCAGGCAAAAAUCGGUGGUCGGGAAAACAGGCAAGAUCAAAACAAGAGUCAAACUAACAAGAGGUAAACGCUGGAAAGGCACUGUAAACAGGAGGCACAAUCUGACAAAGAAGAACAGGGAAACAGAGAAUAUAUACCAAGGAAACCAGGUAUGCGAAAUGAGAUAAUGAACAGUGUGAACAUGCAAACAGGGAACAGGUGAAUGAAAUGACCGAUUAACCAUUAUGUGAGAAUGCGGCCAGAACAGGUGGGAGUGAUCAGCUGAGGGGAGAGAGAGUUAAAGGAAAAAACCACGCCCACACAAAAACCGAAACAAAGAUCGUGCAGGAGAAAAGCAGAUAGUUAACUAAAAGGUAACGAAAAAAAACAGAAACAUAACAGCAUCUUUGUAAAUAGUGUUAAUACCCAUUGUAAAUUCUACCUUGUAAACAUUUUCACUUGCACUUUGUCACUAAACUUAUUUCACGUA